UUAUCUUGUCACUCGGGAGAACACUGUGUUCCAUAUACUAAUAACUGUAUACUGGAAUUGGUUUCUCCUUUCGAGGACGAGGACGGAAAUUUAGAGUAUUCUUGUUGUUGCAAUGCCACAUUGUGCAAUCAAGAAAGAACAGAUGAUGAUGAACCUAGAAUUAUUUUCCCCAUCCCUAAUGAACCAAUUACAACAACAACAACUACAACCGUUACCGUGACGAUGGUACAAGGUCUACCGGAUGGCACCAUUACUGCAAUAGUGGUUACUCUUGCAAUUAUCGCCCUAGUCGUAGUAAUGUUUGCUAUCGGUGUCAUCUUUUUCUGUUGGAAACGGUGCAGAAAUGAUGAAUACCUAGUCACUAAUGACACUGGCAGACCGUAUCCUACAUACACAGGGAGUAGACCUAACCUGACAGGGCUGCUGUUGUCUGAAGCAGUACUAGGAGAAGGGAGCGAUGGUGUUGUGUAUGAGGGAACGUAUCAAGAGAAUAAGGUCGCCGUGAAGGUUUUUCGGGAGAAUUCCAGAGAGAGAUUCUUCAGAGAGGUGGCAGUGUACACAUCCUCCAGUGUCGACCACCAGAACAUUCUCAAGUUCAUCGGACACGAUGAGAAAGAGAUGAGACUGGUGGUUGCACUGCACACCCGGGGCUCUGUGUACACUGUCAUCCAGAGGCAGGUGCUGACGUUAGCUGAAUUCCAGCUCCUAGGAAAGUCAAUAUCAUGUGGACUGGGAUUUCUUCACAGAAGCAGGCCACCGUGCAUAGUGCACGGUGAUUUGAAAACUGGGAACAUUCUGAUGAAACACAAUGGAGAAGCUGCUCUGGCAGACUUUGGCCACAGUAGGCAAUUUUUUACUGAGGAUGUGAAGGAACCAAUGACAGCCGGUACACCCAUGUAUGCCGCACCAGAGCUGAUGAAAGUCAGGGUGAAUAGUAGGACUGAUGCUAAAGCUACUGAUUCUUAUUCCCUUGGUGUGGUUAUAUACGAGCUGUUAACCAGAACUCAACGAGAUCAAGAGGAAGUGGAAGCGUACCGGCAACCGAUGAGUGAGAAAUUAGAUGGAAUUCAACAGCCUACAAUAGAUGAGAUGAGAAGGCACAUUCACAACAACAGUUAUAGACCAAAUAUCCCUAAAAAAUUCGAUGUAUUUCCUGAGCUAGUCAAACUUGUACAAGACUUGUGGAGUGACGCUGCUGAGACCAGGCCGAAAGCAGAAGCAGCCUACAAUGCUUUUAUUGAAUUUGGGUUGUUAAUUGCAUCUCGCAGUCUAGCCUCGACCUCGUGCACAGAUGAACAUCUAUCCCACCAAUCCUCCCUAGAGACUGCAGAGACUGCAUUUUAACUAUAUAUACUGUCUUAGGUCUAUACCUUGUGAGUUAACACUGGCCAUGGUUACCUUGUUGAAGAACCUAGCUGUAUAAUUAUA